UCUCACUCAGCUCUCAUUCACCCGCACUUCUUAAAACUGCUAUUCCGAGAGAUAACUUAUUUCUUUAUAAAUCCAGAAGCUGCUGCUUCAAGCAAAGCAAAACUAAAUGCAACAUGACGUUUAUUUGUUAUAUCUGGAAGGACAUCAACGAAGGAAAAGAUUUCUGUUAAUUUAAAUAAUUUUAACGCAGUAGUCAAUUGGAUAACAAACAGGGUUAACUAUUCUAGAAGCUUAUAUUUCCACUUGUUCUGUUAAUCUCUAACAACUCAGAAUGUCGGCAAUCGUCUUUCUAUCAUCGUUACUGGCAAUUCCCACUUCUUAUUGCUUAAACAAUAUCUUCACAGUGCGACAACCUUUGCUAAUACUCUUCUGCGGUGUAUUCGUCCUUUCUGUUAUGAUUGGUAUUCCAUACCUCUACAUACGAAACCGGCGAAACGUUACAGAUCGUUUCUUUUAUGUGUUGGGAAUAUUUACAUUCAGCUCUGUAAUUGAUUUGAUCAUUGCUUUAGAAAACGAUGGAAUUAUUGACGACUUCAUGGAAUUCUACUUAAGAGAAGGAGAACCCUACUUGAGAACCUCUCACGGCACAAUGAUAUGUUAUUGGGAUGGCAUUGCACAUUACGCCAUGUACCUGGUUAUGUUAACAGCACAAUCAUGGAACCAGAAUUAUCGAGAAGUUGGUCUGUUUUGGGUCGGCUCUAUUGUUCAUAGUAUGUUCAUCCUGCUUCCUGGAGGUGUUAUUGGUAAAUAUCCCAUAAAGUGGGUAAUCUUCUUGAAUGUUCCAUAUUUAGUUAUUCCAAUUUGGGUCGGUGUCAAUCUGCUUCAGGACCGACCACGUGUUCAAGUACUUAACAUAGAUGACAAUCAGUCUUCAAAAUGGGCAUUUCUUAAAAAGAAUCCCAAAGCUAUCCUUUUCCUCAUCUUCUUCUUGGGUGCAAGUCUAGUUGCUGUUUUACGUGCUUUUGCUGUUCUUGGUGGUGACCACAUUUUCAAGUACUACUUGAUUAAUAUGGAACCUUAUUUGAUGGAUCCUUCAGCUUUCCCUAAAAUACAAAUGUUGGUUUAUCUGUUCUACUUUUUGCCAUAUUAUAUAUCCAUGAUAAUCUUCCUUCUAUCGACACAAACAUCUUUAAUUAGUUGGGUCAUAGAUUUCUCGUUCAUCCAUGCCGGAGCCGCAGCUCAAGCCCAAUUCUCUCACAUUGGAUCCUCUCUGCAUUAUCGAACACCUUACAGCCUCCGAGUACCACAGAGGACAUCUCACUGGAUUACCUUCUGGGGUAUUAAUCUCUCAUUGCUUAUGGUACCACAACUGUUUAUGAUUUACUGCCAAUCCAAAGUUGUGCCAAUUGUGGAAGAAGAAGGUCCUGAUAUAAAAAGAUCAAUGGCAACGAUGAACAGUCAAGAAUCGCUGGAUGCUAUUGAUCGACUUGUUGAGAAUGCUUCCAGAAACCGAAAAAUUGCUUUGCAACCUAAGUGAUGCUAAAAGUAAAGGUUUUGCUAUCUUAAGACAUUCCAUUUUGAGCACAAUUACAAUGUCAUUUUCUAUAUACAAGCUUUAUUAUUUUUAUUUUGUUUUUAAUACCUUCAGAGAAAAUUUUAAUUUUUGUUUUUGUUAUAUUAACACAGUAGCCCUAGUUUAAAGGUCAAUAUUUCAAAAAGAAAUAUUUUAGACCGUUCUAUUUUAAGCCCUACCAAUUUAUUUUUUGGUUGAUUUUUGUGAUUUCAAAAAUUUUUUUAUUUGUAAUUUAUACAUUCAAGAUGAGCCUCAUGUUUUCUGAGGCUGAAAUAUCAAUAUUCUUAACUUUUACUGAAAUAUUUGGUUUAAACUUUUUACUGUCUGAUAUUAAAGUAUUUUGAAUAUAUGGACAUAUCAGAAAUUUUUUUAUUCUUAUAUUAAUGAAUUUCCAAGAAUAUCUCUGUUACCAAAUAUAAACCAUGGUGAAAGGAAGUUUUAGCUUAUAUUUGUUCAGAACUGUUUUUGUUUUUUUUUAAUUCAUUUUUUUUUUUUUUAGAAUUUUGUAAAUAAAUAAAUUCUUGCUUGAAUCCAUGUAAAAUGUUGAGCUUUAAAAGUUUCACUUAAAAUAACAGUUCCAUGGCUAAAUCAAAUCUUCUGCUACUCUGCAAAUAAUUAUAGCGACAGAAAUAUAUUCAUAACUGAUUUCAGUUAUUUUAAAUAUUCAAAUAUUCUCUAUUUUGAAAUGUAUAUUUUGGCUUUUCAAUCAAUGUUGCUCCAGCAUGGCCUUAGCAAUAUGCCUACACAUUUUCACAAUAUUUUUCUUUUUAAUGAAGAAUAAAAUGUAAAUAAAAUGUUUGAAAGAGUGAGGAACUUGCUGAUCCAUGAAAAAAAUAUAUAUGUGACUGAAAUGGAGAUAUGACAAGUUUCUUGAUGCUUUCUUUAAAAAAAGUGUUUUAUUAUUAAAAGAAAAAGCCUACUCAGAACUCAUCCUUUUUUAGGCUGCAUGUUAUAUUUCCAACUUCUUUUUAACACCAAGAAAAAAAAUCACCAUCUCUAAAGUGGUUCAUAAAUUAUUGUGUGGCAGCUCAAUGAAUAAUUUUUCAGAUUUUGUAAAUCUUGCACAGAUAUUAUAUAUCUUUUAUAUAUAUUCAUUGAAACUUUUGCCAAGAAGUUAUUAAUUUUGCAAAUGACUUUCAUAAUGCAACACAUUAUCGGUGCUUGUCACAAUCAAAUAUUUAUCUAUUUUACUCUUUCUGUCUUCUGUAAUUUUACAAGCCCUUUCAUUCACAUUCUACACAGCUUCUGUUAUUCUGUGAUAAUAACUCAGUAUUCAGCAAACCCUGUAUUUAUUCUGAAUUUAAUUUUAACUUUGCCUUCAAACAUCUACAAAUUUGAUAAAUCUUUUUAUUACCUCUCCAUAAAAUCUUCCCAAUUCAAUAUCAUCACUUUAUAGAAAAGAAUAUGUGGAUGCUUCUAAAACUGGUUCUUAUUCUGUUCUGAUUUACAAACGUCUUGCUCCACCAAGAAAAAUAUCUGACACCUCCAGAUGUUACUCAGUUGAUGUACCUUUAAUGAUCCUAAACAUACUUAAACCAUUAUUAAGUACUAAUUGCCUUGCAAACCAAUAUCUCUCCAUAUUUUUAAUGUCUGUCAGUCUUAACCAUCGUAAACAUAAAAAAUCAAGAAAACCCUGUUAUAUAUUACUAACAUGGAAUCUUAGAUCUCAAAUGUGUUAGCCUGAAUAACAAAAACCAAGAAUUGGGUCUUCAGAUCAAAGAAAAUCUCUUUUCUCUUGAUAAACAUCAAUCAAAAAAUGCUCUAAUUUAAUAACUAGCAUAUUAUAAAUAUACUAUAAUUGGUGCCAGAUCAAAUAGGCUUGAUAUAUAUUUGAAUCUGUAAAAAAGCUUUUCUCUGCAGUUUGCCAUGGAGAAAAAAUUCUCUCUUGAGAGAAAAAAGUGUAAAACAUAUCAGCUCAGAAUAUUCUCCAUAGGACUGUUAAAUACAUUUUUUUAACUAAUUUUUUUUUCUCACCAGUACUAGAUAUCAAAGAGAGGCAACUCUGAAGUGAUUAAAAAUCUUAGCUUCACUUUAAAAAAAAAGUCAAAGCUAUUGACCGUUGGUGUAUAUGGGAUCCUAGGCUGUAGCAAUUUCAUAAGUGGAUGUGUGAAACAGUAAUUGAGAAUAAGCAAACUUGAUACUAGUUCAAAUACAUUUGAGAGAUAUUGAACCCUUGAAAGGUUUUUCACUGCAGUUUGUCAUGGAGAAAAAAAUUCUCUUUGAGACAA